GAAGAGUACCUCAAGAAACAAAUUUGAUGACGAGAAAAGAAUUGAAAGGCAAGUGAAAAGAAGAAAAUUGGGAGACAACUUUGGAGAGAAAAAAGAGUGGAGAAUGUUUCGCAUCUGGGAAAGGGAAGAAAGUUUUUAAUUCAGUCCAGAGAAGAAAUAGAAGAAGAAAGAAAAGAUCUUUGUAAAGAAAAAGGGGAAAAGGGCAGUCAGCACUUUUCCUUGUGCCCAUAAAACUUUUAACCAAUUCUUAACAAAGUUACCGGUAUUGGUGAAUCUCACGACAUUUUGACCCCCCUUCAGCCAGAAACGUCACCCAUCAAAUUCCUCUAUAUUUAGCAAACUCCCUCCUCACCAUCCACCUCUCUCUCCCUCUCUCUGUCUCUCUCUCCUCUCUUCUUGUUUAUUAUAACAUAGGAAUAGGAUUUACCUUUGUUCUUUUAUGGCACUUUUACCUCAGUGCGUGUGGUGCUACUCGGAGUUUGCAUACACUUGUUCUAUAACUGCUUCCCUUUCCAUUUUCAAGGUCUUGUGUUAGCCGCAAGUGUGGAUUUGUGCUUGAGGUUGCAUUUGGAAAGUUGAAGUAGUUCUUGGUUAAAAUCAAGAAGCUGUGAUGAUGCAUGGGGAAACCUUAAAUGAUUCUGAAGGAGAAAUCAAAGUUAGUUUUGGUUAUCAUUGCAACUGCAAGACAAAUUAUAUUGAUAUCCCGUCUUCAGGUAUACUUCAAAGGGGCAACAGCUCCUUCUCUUGCCUCUCCGGUGCUGCAUUGAGUGCCAAUGCAACAUUAGCUAAUACGAAUAUUUGCAAUGGGUUGUUUGGGUCUGAAAUACUCCCAACUUUGGACUCUCCUACUUCAUUCCGUAGGAUUCCAUCUUCACCAAAGUUGGACUUUUUAUCAUCUUCUCUCCAAAGUAGCAUGUCAAAUUUGAGUUUUAGUCCAUCCUCGGCAAGUGAGGGUCUUGAUUAUGAUUCCUUUUCACUCAAGUCUAUGAGUGCUCCUUCAAGAAGCGAAAGCUUUCUCAACGCAAUGGAAGUACAAAUUGCUGGAGGCGCUGCUGGUGAAGAUAGAGUUCAAGCUGUUUGUUCCGAAGAAAAUGGCUGGGUUUUCUGUGCCAUCUAUGAUGGUUUCAAUGGAAGGGAUGCGGCUGAUUUUCUGGCUGGAACAUUGUAUGAAACAAUCACGUUUCACCUUAACCUUCUAGACUGGGACCUUGAGCAGGAGUCAGCUAAAGCUUCUGACUGUGUGGCGUCAGAAAAUGUUAGAAAUAAUGUUAGUCUUAGUUGCUUCGACGACACACUUAAUAAUGGAAAUGGAGACAGAUGUUUUAAGCAGAGGGUGCUCAACAGCCUUCAGCACUCUCUCAGUCUAGCAGAGACUGAAUUUCUUCACAUGGUUGAACAAGAAAUGGAUGACCGUCCUGAUUUAGUAUCUAUAGGAUCUUGUGUCUUACUUGUUCUACUCCACGGGAAAAAUUUGUACUUGCUCAACGUUGGUGAUAGUCGAGCUGUAUUGGCUACAUAUGAAAGCGAAGGUCUGCGAGCAGUGCAGCUCACUGAUUGUCAUACUGUUGACAAUGAAGUUGAGAGAAUCCAACUUCUGAACGAUCAUCCUGAUGACCCUUCAACAAUUGUGGCAGGAAAAGUCAAAGGGAAGUUAAAGGUUACAAGGGCUUUUGGAGUUGGUUACUUGAAAAAGAAAUCCAUGAAUGAUGCUUUGAUGGGUAUUCUUCGAGUCCGUAAUCUCAUAAGCCCUCCGUAUGUAUCAUUGCAACCAUCAGCAAGUGUACACGAGAUUUCAAACUCUGAUCACUUUGUCGUACUGGGGAGCGAUGGCUUGUUUGACUUCUUUAGCAAUGACGAAGUUGUAAAGCUUGUACAUUCAUACAUAUCAAGAAACCCUUUUGGUGAUCCGGCUAAAUUUCUGGUAGAGCAGCUUGCGGCAAGAGCAGCAGAGUCGGCAGGUUUUAGCAUGGAGGAGCUGAUGAGUAUCCCUGCUGGCAGAAGACGAAAAUAUCACGACGAUGUGACAGUCAUAGUAAUCGUCCUGGGCACGAACAAACGCGCCUCAAAGGCAUCGACGUGUCUAUGAACUGCCAAUUCAAAUUCGACCCAGAAAUUGUCUACGCCAGGCAUCUUUUUUGCAGUCUGUUAGCUUUAAGUUCCACUAUAACAUAAACUCUGCAGCUAUUUCCUUGGACCAUACAUAUGUUACAUUGUCUUAUCUUUACCAAAACAUGUUAUGGAAUCAAUAUUUGUUUGCAUAUUACAAUUUUUUGUGGAACAAGUAACUCUCGCGUGCAAGGUAAUGAUAGAAAGCGCCUUUCUUGCCUCCA